AAAUUGUAAACGAUGAAAUGUAGAAUCUAAAUAACGUUCUCAAAUUCAUCUGACAAUGAUUUAUCAUGGUGGUGAACCUGAAUAAAAGGCGGCAAAUACGUAUUUAUAGAAACGUACGUGACUUGAAGCAUGUUUCUUCCCAACAUUAAAAUUCAAAAGAUUUUGGUGUUAUGACUAAUUGAUAUCGUUUUUUCUUCAUUUUCAAUACAUGACUGCAUUAUAUCUACAAUGGUUAACGAACAAUAAUUUUAUAUUUUGAAAUAAGAUUAAUUACAAUAGUGAAUCGUGUGCAGUGCCGUGUAAAAGCGUAAUAAGGAAGUCAAACCAGAAUAGGAGAUAUUCUAAAAAAAAUGCGGCGUUAAAAGUAAAUAUUUAGUUUGAUUAAUAUAAAAAUGAACUUUAGAAAUAUAAGCUUUAACAUAAUUGUGAAGUAAAUACUGAAAUAAGAUCAUUCUUGUACGCCAAUGGUCGUUAAGCAGCCAUUGAUAUGACGAGAUUUGUCCGGUUAUAAGCAUGGCGGUAAGCGUGGAUAAUAACUAGUUUUGUGCGUUUUUUUCCGUCAUCCUCUCAUAAAAAAAUAGAAAGGAAUUUUUGAAAUAUGUAAAAAAUUCGCCAAAAUUGUUUUGAAAUAAUGUGAACUGUUUAGUGAAUCUAUUAAAACGUCAAAGAAAAGAAGGGACGUCUUUUGAUAGUGCAAACUAUGGCGUCGAAUGAGGAUGGAGGUAAUGAUGACGAAAAUAAAGUUUAUUAUGGAAAGGAAUCUUCGUAUGAACCAUUACCUAAUUGUUCUACGUGCCCCAUGUGUUUAUUACCUUAUAAUAAGUGCUUAUGUAGUGUGACCUCUAGUAACUUCGAAGAUGAAACUUUAAAUAGCACAAACGCUACAACCGAAGAUUUUGGUUCUUUGAAAAAUGGACACGCACAAGAUGCAUUCAUAGAAAAUUUGGAUAGUUUGAGAAGAGGUUAUAACUCCAAUAAUCAGUUUUUAGUGAAUCUUCAGAAAACACCCGUAGGGUUUGAUCCGAAGAAUUUUAUAAACAGUGUUGAUAAAUGUAUCAACGAUGCACAAACAGAACCAGUAAAAAGUGAGGCUAAGCCAAAUUGUAAUGGUGAUAAAGUAUAUUUUUCAAAUUCAAUUGAAUUGAAAUCUGAUGUAUGUGUUGAUAGAAUUGAUAACAAUACAGUUGAUAAUGAUAUUAACAAUAAAGAAAAUUUUAGCAAUGACAGGUGUACUAUAAAAGAAGAUCCCCAUCUGCAAGUUCACACAAACAGUAUGUCGCCCGUAAAAUCAAAGAGCAAAAAAAAUCAUUUAACUAAAACUGGCUGUGAUUUACCAAUUGGCGCUGUGAAGAGUCCAAUUAAUUGUCAUAAUGAUCCUGAAGUAAAGCAAGAGUCUACAGAUAGCACACUGCAAGCUUCGACCAGUGAUAAUUUAUCUGAAUCAGAAAAAUCCAGUGUACAAGUAAAUUCAAAACCAAAGAAGCUUUGUUCCCAGUUGGUUGAUAAAUUAAACUAUGAUUUGCUUAAAGGAAAGAAAGGUAUUGCUCUUCUUACAGCUAUUGAGGACCAAUCAAAUUCUAAAAUUAAGGUAAUGGAUAGACACACGUCUAGUUCAACUGACUCCAGUAGCUGCUCUCUUAGAAAGUCAAGAACUAGAUCUGUAGAUGUCGCAGUGAAACCAAAAAAGGGUUGUAAGAGGGCCCAUUCCACAGAUACCAAUGAUGUAGAGGCAAAAGUACCAAAAAUUGAUUUUAAAUGUUAUAAAACUGAUAAAAAAAGUGAGAUAUUAACACCAUCAAAAAAUGGAAAGCAUAAAGACUAUAAAUAUAGUAAACAUGAUUCAAAAAGUAAAAGUUCCUCCAAAAAAUCCUCGCAUAGUAGUAGCUCAAGAGAGAGACAUUCAAGUCAUAGAAGUGACAUUAGACCAAGACUUCUAACUAAUGGCAAUUAUAGUUACCCCCCUGAAGAUAAAUCUUUGAAAUUUAGAAAAUACUACCACAUAGAAACCCAUACCAAUGGAGGUGCAAAAAUUCUCAGAAUGUACCAUGAUGAGAUAAAACACCUCAGUGCAAGUGACUCAAAAGAACUAGCAAAGGAAUUCUUCAAGUUAGCCUUCCAUGAAGAUAAAGAUGGUUGGGCAACUUUUGUGAUAGCAGUAGUUCACGGUUCUGCUUCUUACCUUCCAGACAUUCUUACAUAUAUGGCAGAGAACUAUCCAACAUUAACUGUUAAAAACGGGUUACUUAGCAAAAGCUCGGAUAUUGAAACAACAACAUUGUCAAAUUAUCAUGAAAACGUAUGUAAACAUUAUGAAGCAGGGACGGUUCGAUAUGGACCACUACACCAAAUUAGUAUUGUGGGAACUGCCCAUGAAGAAGUCGGCGGCUAUUUUCCUGAUUUGUUGGGAAUGUUAGAAGAAAAUAAUUUCCUCAAUCUGACAAUGCCUUGGGGAGCUUUAUCAAUUUGUGAUCAAAUGAAACCAACUGAAAGUAAUGAUGGACCUAUCAUUUGGUGUAGACCCGGUGAGCAACUUGUACCAACAGCCGAUUCUAAAACACCUAACAAAAGAAAAAGAACUGGUAUAAAUGAAUUAAGAAAUUUACAAUAUCUGCCGAGAAUGUCCGAAGCGAGGGAACAUUUGUUCGAGGAUAGGACAAAAGCUCAUGCUGACCAUGUGGGAGCUGGACUAGAUAGGAAAACUACAGCUGCUGUUGGAAUAUUGAAAGCUAUCCAUGGAGGGAAAAAUGAAGGUCCAAAUAACAGGGUAACAAAGGAUGUUGUAGCCUUUUCUGCUAAAUAUUUCGAUACAUUAUCUGAAAAGUUACAACUUGAUCUUCACGAACCACCUAUUUCACAGUGUGUCACUUGGAUUGAAGAUGCAAAAUUGAACCAGUUGAGAAGGGAUGGUAUAGAAUAUGCAAGGAUAAAUUUGUAUGAUAAUGAUAUCUAUUUUUUACCAAGGAACAUAAUCCAUCAGUUUAGAACAGUUACAGCUGUUACUAGCAUUGCUUGGCAUGUACGUUUGAAACAAUAUUAUCCCAUAGAAGAGCCAGAAGUAACAGAAAAUGCCCCACCUCUUCUCUCCAAACCAGUUGAUCACAUAAAACCUGAAAAAACACCAUUAAAAUCUUCGAAUCACCGAGAUGAGGACAAACCACCUCUAAAAAUGAAGUUGAAAUUAGAUUUAAAUAAAUACGCUGGACCAGAAAAAGUUCGAAUCCAAGAAGAAAAAAAUAAAGAAAAGAAAUAUAAACACAAGGAUCACAAUAGAGAAAAGUCCAAGCACAAACAUAAAGACAAACACAAAGAUAAAUACAAGGAUAAAGAUAAAUAUAAGCAUCACGAUAAAGACAGAAAACAUCACAAUUCUCACAAAGAGAAAGAUUACAAACAUAGUGACAGAGAUAAAAAGCACAGUUCCCGCAAUACUAGUAAAGAGAAGAGUCAGGAUUCUAGUCAAAAAAAUCAUAUAUCAUCGAGUGAUACCAGCACUUACAAGUCUAAUUCCAGUGAGAGCCUAAAACUUACUCCAAGUGAUACCAGCACUUACAAAACUUCUUCCAGUGAUAGUUUAAAACUCACUUCAAGUGAUACCAGUAUUCUGUCGACAGAUUCUGUUACCAUGCAAUCCCACGUCGAAGAAUCGACAAAAAGUGUAGCAGACUCCGCGAGUGUAUCUCCUACCAAAGUACUUGAUUCGCCUGUAAAAAAACACAAAGAAAAAUCUUUUAAAAUAAAGAUUCAGAAGCCGCAAUCCACCGACGUUUUAGGUGAUAUUUUAAAAGAUAUGAACAAGUGCGAUCCACAUAUUUAAUAUUAAGCUACAGGUCGGAGAAAAAGUGACUUUAGAAGUUUCUUCUGGAUGACACUUUUUGUUCGAACUGUAGAGGAUUUCAAUCGUGGUUCUGUCCACACAUUGGCAAUUGGGUAGUAAUUAUAUUUCUAUACUUCCUUUACAGCAGGGAGUGAAUAUAAAUAAACCACUAAUGGUUUCACUUAUCACAAAUUAUUUGAAAGAUUAACUAAAUAUGUCAAUUGUCACCAAAUGUCAAUUGUCAAAUCACUUAAUUCCGUCCCACUUAAUCAUUAGUUUUUAUAACCUACAAUUUGAUUGAAUUACUAAUUUGAAGUGGAAUACUGGGUGUUCCAAUAACUGUUUCCUAUUUCGGUGGCUUAUUUUAAUCUGUCAAUUUUAGAUUUUUAGAAUAUAGCCAUUGAAAAUUUAAUUUGGAAAUAGCCUGAAAUUUCCAAAAUCUCCCUAUUUUUUCUGUUAGAAUCGAAAAUUUCAUAAUGUACAAUAUUCUAGUACACUUUUGCUAAUUAAUCUAUGGUUUAUCAAAAGAAAUGUGACAGGUGACAGCUAUUAGUUUCGAUACACUGAUGUAGAGGGAGGUGUGAAAAUUUCAAUGGGGAUCAUUUUGUAUAUACGGGAUCUUUUUCAUAAACGGUGUGGUAUGGACAUUUUCAAAUGGCAGCGAAUUUUAGAGAGUAUAGAAUUUGUAAAUAUGAUUUUAUUGAAAAUUUUUCUAAAAGGUAUAUUGAAACAUAUUUAUUUGUAUUUAAGUUAUAAAAUUAUUAUAUUUAAGCUAAAAUUUUAUUCAUAGUAUUUUAAUACAGGAUUGCUUACUUAGAUUUAUGUCACUGUUGUUUUUCUAAAGUCUAAUUUUUAUAAAAUGUGAGUAUUUCAACAUUUGUACUCAAAUAUGUUUGCUAAGACGCUAAACUAAUAUUAAUAACUAUGAUUUAAGCGAAAAGUUUCAUUAUAUAAAUAAAACAGUAAAUUUUGUAUUAUCUUUUGUUUGAUUGACAAAAAAAUUCAUGAUUAUACAAAAUUAACAUUAGUUUAAAUAAUUACUGGCUAAACCCAGAAAGUUACUUCACACGUGUCCGAUUCCCAGGGACAAGUUGAAAAGAAAUACCUUCUUGGUAAAACAUUUUGAGAGCUAGUCAACCAAUCCUUAUUAACAAAAUACAAACCUUAGUCCUGGGUAUUAAUCAACCAAGAUGAAUGAGUUAAACAUCAAUUGAUACAGUCCCAGUGUGACCAGGAGUUUAUAAAGGAAAUACUGUGAAAUCUUGUACUGAAGAUUUCUAUUAUCCUUUUAUUGUGAAAUAAUUAUUGAGUUGCUGGCUAUUGAGACAUCUUAAAUAGAUUGCCCGCGCCUUUUGAUUCUAUAGUGAAGGUUUCAAUAAUAUACUAACAAAAAUUUUUUUUUAAAACCAAUUUAAUCACAUCAAUAUUUUCUCGAAUUCAAUUUUAUAAAUUUAGUUUUUCAUUUUAUCAAAAUAGAGCUUUAUAGAGCUCUAUAUAAAAUUGAUAAACCGAACGAUGUGGUAUUAGAGGUUUUUAAAUUGAUUAUUGAACUAUUCAAAAUUUUAAAAAAAUACUUGUAGUCUCGUCCAGGAGCACCCAAUGAAUCGGGCUAAAAUCUUGAAAAAAAAAUCGCUAAUAGUCUUUCAUAUUGGUCGAUUUCAUCGCAUUUUCAUAUAUGAUGUUUAACGUAUAUGCUUGAAUUUGUGGAAGAUAUAGCAUAUUUACAAUACCGAAGACAGUUUAUCAUGUCCUAUGGGAGUCCCAAACAAGUUUUAUAAAAAAAUACAUGGAUAGUGUGCUUAUAAAAUUAAUCUAUGAUAAUAUCAUUUUUAACAAGAUUCAAACAUUCCUCGGGGUUUAAUUAGAAUACAGUAUAUUUUUGAAAGAAAUAAAAAACCCAUUUCAAGAAUAUAAUUGAAAAUACACAAUUCUCUUUUCUAUUCCAUGCCACUGUACUAAAUAUUAGCUGAAACUGUAAAAUUUAAAUACCAGUAAUAAUGGAUUAUUUGAUUUGCUUAUUGGACUAUAUUUUUGUAUUGGUUGCUGUGAUUGAUUGAUUAGAACUAUUUUUACUUCUCUGGCUCUUCCUAAAACUAUUUAUUUCAAGUUCUUGUUUUUGAAGCAACUGCUGAUUAUUUACUUCAAACCGUCUUUUCGUUCUUUAUUUAGAUUUUCUUGAGUUUCAUAAAUAUCUAUCAGCUCUUCUUUUAUCGCUUUGAAUUAGCGAUUUUUGAAGUCCUCUGGAGGUCCAACUAACUAAUAAAAAAUGUAAGAAAACGUUGUAUUGAAAUUCUUAGAAUCCUUGAAAAAUCGAGCUAUUAGGCUAUUAUAACAUGAAUAUAAAUUUUUUUGUUACCUGAUUAUACAUGCACAAACUUGUAAAAUAACCAACUAUAUCUUCUAUACUUCUCAUUGGGGAUUCCCGUAAAAUCAAAUACAUCAUCAUCAUCAGAGACUUGACUAUCGAAUUUUGUCAACAUUUAGAUCUUUUGACGUAUGUUUCUGGGUUGAAAGAGCAAAUAAUGAACUGAUAGGGUAACAAUAAUAGUUUUAACUUCAAAUGAAAAGUUUUGUUUAAUUUGUUCCAAUUUAUUUUAAUUGUUCAUAUUAAUUAUUCUAUUUUUCAGUAACUAUUAUGAUAAGAAAAUAAGUUAUAGUACAAAAUUUGGAUGUUGAAAAAUAUCAUUUUAUAAAAAUUUGGUUUUAUGGAACACCAAAGGCUUUCCCGUAAAUAAUGUGUAAUUCUAAUUUUACUUUAGUACUGAGUUCUAUUUCAUUUACAAAAAUUGAUAGUUAAUAUCAAAUUAAUAACAGAAGCAAUAAUAACAACUUUCUUACUAACUCGAACGAAAGCCAUUGAAAGAAAAACGUGAAAUAUCAAAAUAGAAAGUAACAUUGAUCCUAAAAAUGGAAAUAUCAAUAAUUUAUUAAGGAAGUUGAACUAAGGCACGAAGUAUUAGAAGAGAGUAAGUCAAACAAGUGGUUUAUGUGUAACUAGAAAAGAUUUAUUCGCGAAAUGUACUUGCCAUACUACAAAUAAAGUGCCUUUUAAAACUAUAAAACUAACUUAUUGUUAGUAUUCAUUAUUUUAAAGUCCUCUCAACUCUAACAUAAUAUUGGAAUUACACUUUAUACAAGAUCCGAUACUUAAUUUAUCAGUUAAAAGUUGAUAUCUUCACAUAUUAGAUUGUACAUUUUAUAGCGAUGCAGUUUUGGCAUAGAUUCAACCUGAAUCUAAAAUCUGUACUUCCAGUCUUUAACAUUUUACCUUGCAACUUUGCUAAAGUAAACAUAUACAAGGCUUUGUGUGUAUUUUCAAUAUUUUUUUAGUCUUAAAAGUGAGAUUCCUAGAAUUGUGAUGUAAAUAUGUACAUUUGGAGUAUUGUACAGUUUUUUAUAUAGUGAAAAACCUCUAUGCAAUGUUGUAUAUAAAACUAAGUAAUCUAUUUAACAAUGUUAGAAUGUUUUAAGGAUAUUUUUUUCAUAUCACAGCCAAAUUUAAUAGUUGUUUCCAUUUUUUUUAAUAAAACUUAUAUUUUUGCUAGAUGUCUCCCAAAUAAUUGUAAUUUUUAUAUAUUUUAAUUGUCAGAAGAAUAGUAUCUUUUUUGAAACUAUUGAAUCCGAGGCUGUUAAUUGUCACGAGCAUAACAAAAUAUUGUCAACGGGUCUAAUACUACAUUUUUCCUAUGAUCAUAAUGCUUUUAACAUAAACUAAUAAAUCUAAAUAAUAAACUACAACACCUCAAACUAAUGAAGUUCUAUUAAGCUUUUUAACUUUAUAAAAUAUUUAAAAAAUCAGUUUGUUAUAGAAAUAACUCAUGUCAUUAUUUAUUGAUAAUUUAAAUCGUUAAAACAAUAUAUACGAGGACAGAAAAAGAAAAUAAAAAAGUCACUUCUUUAACCGGCGCUAUUGUCCUUUGAGAACCAGGCCCUUCUUAACAAUCAACUGCCAAUCCUUUCUGUCCUGAAUAUGGUGCCUCCAAUGUCGAACCCAUAGCUGGAUCAAAUCCGCCUCAACUUCUCCAAUCAGCGGAGGCGCAGUCUUGUUCUCCAGGAACUCCAUACAUGUCUCUGCGCGGGUAUCGAUCAGAGGGCAUGUCCCAGCCACAUCAAACGCGCCCCCCGGAUGAACGCCAUCAAAUCUGACUCGCCAUACAUUUGUCGUUAUAGUACAUUUCUCGCAUCCGUAUGCGAUUACAGGAUGUAUAAUUGUCUUGUAAAUUGUGAGCUUUGACCUUCGUGAGAGUCCUCUAAACUUGAGCGCUCUCUAGACUGCCCAAAAGUUUCUGUUUCCGGCAGCAACUCUUGUUUUGAUCGGAAGCGAUGUUCUCUGACUUGAAGGUCGGGAUUUUCUUUGAGGUUCUCAUGUACAUGUUUUUUGUUCAUGGAUUUUGAGUCCUCUUGCUUCACCUACUUGCUCGAACUCCUCGACCGUUCCCGAAAGAACUGAAGUGGUUCGUGCCAUGAUGUCAACAUCAUUCGCAUAGGCGAGGUGUUGUGUGAGCCUAUUGCAAAUAGUUCCUCCAAGUAAAUUGAUCAGUGUUGUUGCUAAUGGAUUUCCUGACGCAAGCCCGUGUUCACAGUAAAAAUUCUAAUCAUUGUCAUUCUAACCAUACACACCAGCUUCUUUGGGACGCCAAACCCCAUCAGGCCCCUAUACAGCUGGUUUCUGAGGAAGCCAAUGAAGAGGUGAUGAAGAUCGACAGAAAGUGAAAAUACAAA